AGAAAUACGACAACAUGUCGACCCCAGCCGAUCCUUGGGACCAACAUCAAAUAGCUCAGCUUACAGAGCCAAAUAUUACCCUUUCUGCAUUAUAUCAAUUGGCCAGACGGAGCGCUUCCUUCCCAGUGGUUGUGACGUCACACUCUUCUCAUCCAUAGUGAACAGCGCUCUCCCUCUGCCCGCAAACACGUCAAUUGAUCGUUGCCGACAUACUCGCUGUAAUUCUCGUAUGAACCAAUAUCGUUAUGCGAAAUCGAAUGAUAUGAUACUCACCAUUUUUAGGAAUUCGUUUCAUCGAUCGGCUAUUCUACUAUAUCGCAAUGCCGGUCCGGACAUCUUCGCGCCAGGCAGCUGUCAAGGCCAACCAAGCUUUCACCCACGGACUGGCGGGUUCUAAGCGCAAAUCAUCAGCUGACAAGGGCCCUCUUCCCAAGAAGGGUAAGAAGGAAGAGAAAGUUAAAGAAGGAACGGUGUACGAAAAGCCAUCCGUAACCGAGGAGCUUCCCGAGAAAAAUCCAUCUGAAGCAUGGUCAGAUGAGCAAGUCACAGUGAACAAACAGCCGACAGAAGCGCCUCCUCAGAAGGCCGAGGAACAACUUACAGAUGGAGUCGGGAAGGAAGAAGAGAAACCAAAAGAGGCUGCGAUUGUCCAAGAAGAUGAGCAAGUACCGGGAGAACAAAAAGAGGAAGAGCAACACCCAUCUGUGCCAAAGGAAGCUGGUGCAGCUGUAAAGGAGCACCAGGAAAGAGAGAGCAUUGUGCCUUCCACCGUUCUUGAAAAGGGGAUUAUAUACUUCCUUUUUCGGCCCCGAGUCAAUGUGGAGGACCCUCAGAACAUGAGUGAAGUCGCUCGCAGUUUCUUCGUUCUACGUCCAACACCCAAGGGCGCAAAAAUCGAGGAUGGGCCGAUUGGCGAGGCUGAUAACUGCCGCCUGAUGAUGUUGCCGAAAAAGAAGUAUCCGACCUCGGGUAGAGAACGGGAUAUGGGUUUCGUCGAGAAAGCCAAGGUCUCACUGAAAACAAUUCGAGAGAAACUUAUGGCGUCAGAAACCUACCAAACUCAAACACAAGGAGAACGAACAACCCCGGAGGCACGGCCGUAUGCCGAGGGUGUUUAUGCAAUCGUCAAAGAGGGCCGAAAUUCUCACCUGGUCUAUAUACUGACUAUUCCAGAGUAUAUCGGUGACGUUCAAAACGACUUUGGUCUAUUUAACAGUGGCAGCUUUGUUUUCCAGGUCAAAAAUCCAAAAUUCCCGGGUCCGCCCAGUGCGCAGCUGCCAAAGACACCUGAGUAUCCAGAAGAGAUCAUGUCAAAAUUCCGUGAUCUUCGAUGGGUUCCUGUAGAACCGGAAUUCUUAGAUUACCCUAAUGCCCAGUUCCUUAUGAUUGGAUCAGCUCAGAAUAACCUUGGCAGAGCUGGAGAAAUUCAAGCUGCAAGUGACAAGGAGGGCAAGGAAACUCCGGCUGAAGAACUAAGUAAAUUUGAGAGUGAGAACGAGGAGCGGGUUGAGUCACUCGCUGGCGACCAUACCAUAUUCAAUGACUUGGGAAUUGACGCUAAAAAGCAUGCCAAUCUGCCAAAGACUUGGGAGUAGAUGUAUUUCAGACAUUCGAUAAUUUGUGAUAACGUUGAACGGUGUAUAGUGGUGCAAGGAAAAGUGUAAAUUCAUCCAAAAUAAUAUUUAGUGUUGAUGUCUUUCUAUUACGCUAUUUAAUUCCCUAGGAGAAGUAAACCACCGAAGC